UUUUUCUUUUAAUUCAUUAAAAACAAAUUUUUCUUUUGCACUCCAAAUAAAAGUUGGGUUUGGUCCUCUGGUUAGUUUAUUUAAAGGAUUGGCUAAUUCUGCAAAAUUUGGGAUAAAUUUGCGAAAAAAUGAAGCCAUCCCUAGAAAUCGUUUUACUUCUUUUAUAUCUUUCGGUUCUGGGAAUUUAUUUAUUACUUCACAAUUACUUCGUGCAGGCUGAUAUCCAUUUUUAUUUAAUUCAAGCCCCAAAUAAGUACAUUUGUUUUGUAAAAAUUCACAUUUUUCACCCUUAAGUUUAAAUCCGUUUUUGUUCAUUCUAUCAAAUACAAUCUCCAAUGUU